UUGCUUAAAGAACCAAAAGGUGGCAUCUGGAUUCUGGAAUAAAACACCAAUAUUAUAUUCUACAAACAUUUAUUCCAUCUUUACAAUACAAGCUAUAAACUAAGCUUCUGAUCAUCUCCAUCUCCCACAAACACUUUUUGCAGCAUACCCUGCAGUGCAGCCUGCAGACUGAUUAAAUAUAGACAACCUUAACAUUCUUGCUGCUCAUGGAAACAGACAUGGAUACUAAGAAGGAAGGUGAUCUGUGCUCGCUGCACGAUAAGAAGGUCAAAGUUGUUUUCGUUGUAGGAGGUCCUGGCAGUGGAAAAGGCACUCAAUCGGAGAAAAUCGUUCAGCAUUUUGGAUAUACUCAUCUGAGCGUUGGUGAUCUACUUAGAGCAGAAAGCAAAACGGGUUCUGAAAUCGGAUCAGUGAUUCAGAGCAUUAUGAAGGAAGGUAAACUCGUUCCUUCAGAUGUAACAGUUAAGCUUCUGCAACGCGCCAUGCAAGAAACAGACAGCGACAGGUUCCUGAUUGACGGCUUCCCGAGAAACAUGGAGAACGUUACAACAUUCGAGAACAUUACACAAAUCGAGCCAGAAUGCGUGAUCUUUCUUGAUUGUCCAGAAGAGGAAAUGGAGAGGCGCCUUCUGUCUAGGAAUGAGGGAAGAGUAGAUGAUAACGUUGACACAAUAAGGAAGCGAUUCAAAGUUUUCCAGGAGUCGACACUCCCAGCAGUUGAAUACUAUGCUUCAAAGGGGAAAGUCCACAAGAUUGAUGGCGCGAGGCCUGUGGAAGAGGUUUUUGAAUCGGUUAAAGCGAUUAUUACCCAAACAGAAGAAAAGCAAAACACUGCAACAAGUAACACUAAACCAUAUUUGCAGGUUUGAUGUGUAUUCAGAGGAUGGUGUGUUGUGUCAUAAUUUUCAGCUUCUCACCUUCAGUUAGUCCACUUAGGAUUAGUUAUAAGUAAUGUUGUCAAUGAAGGUUGAGGAUGAUAGCUAUAUCUUGUAAUAUAUCAUUGUACUUCUUUCUAUACAUGUUUGUUGUUCAUGCUAGUUUCAUUAAGCGGCAUAGUGGAGGUUCGAUUCUUGCUACAAA